AAUGACAAGUCUAGAAGUUGUCUAUGCAAUUCAUGAUUUUAAAGCAGAAAACGAAGAUGAGCUUGAUUUUUUAAUGGGCGAAGCUAUUAUUGUACUUCAAAAAGACGAUGGUUUUGAUGAUGGAUGGUGGAAGGGUCAAAACAUACGAGAUCAAGUAGGCAUAUUUCCAAUGAGUUACAUUACUUUUGAAGACCCAUUUCCUUCAGAUACGAUAAGAAAGAAUCCUUCCAGACCUGUUUCUUCUACCAACAGUAGCGCAUCAAGUCAUACACAACGACAAUCUGCCAUUCACACGUUACUUUUGCCAAAGUUAAGAUUUACCCCGCCCGAAGAAUGGGAUAUGGACCAAGUGGAGAUCUGGUUACACGAAAUGGGAUUUGGAAGUAUAGCAGCAAAUUUCAAAAAUCAAGAGAUCACGGGAGAUAUUUUACUAGCAUUAGACAUGAACGCUUUAAAAGAAUUAAAUGUGCCUACGUUUGGUAAACGAUUUAAACUUCACACAGCACUCACGAUGUUGCGAAAAGAAUGCGGUUAUCAACCACCUCAACAUAUUACAGAAAACUCCCAUCUUUUCCAUCAACAAACGAAUCCAAAUAUCACUCAAGAAAUGCAUAGUCAAAAUAACAAUACUAAUAAUUCAUUCGAUUCUCCUCAAGCAGAUCUAAAAAGAAUCGAAUUAGUUUUACAGAAACCUCAGAUAAUGUCAUUGGACGAGUGUAACCAUUCAGACGAAAUGAUUGAUAUGACACCUGAUAUGGAAGGUUGGCUCUUUAAACAAGGUUGUCGAUAUAAAAAAUGGAAUAAACGAUGGUUUGUUUUGAAAGGGCCCAACUUGUUUUAUUUCAAAAGUCCAGAGGAUGUACGCAUGAAGGGCAUUAUUAAUCUCAGAGGCUAUCGUGUUAUACCAGAUGAAACUAUUCAACCUGGCAAAUAUUCAUUCAAAGCACAACAUACAGGAGAAAGAACGUUUUAUUUCUAUACAGAUCUAGACACCAGCAUGAGACAAUGGAUAACAAAUUUAAUGAAAGCAACUAUCUCAAGAGAUUUUAAUGCACCUGUGCUUAGUUCAAGUGUCAUUCCUACUGUUUCUUUAGGUGUUGCUCGCCGUAUGAGGCCUAGACCACCUUCAAUUUUGCUUUCUCAGAAAAGUACGCCUACGAUUCAAAGUCCUCUUAUGGAUGACAACUCAUUGCUUCAGCAAGAUUCUGGAUUUGAGAGCCACCAUGGAGAUUCUGAGAAUGAAAAUUUUUCACAGUGGUUUCAUUCGACAAGUAUAAGUGACUUGAAGGAGCUCCGCCAAAGUGAUGUAUUAAUAGAUCUGCUAGAAGAAUUAAGUAACAAGCAACUGAAACAAGCGACUCUUGGCAGAUCAAUGACAGACAGUUUGACACUUGCUUUUGAAUUCUUGUAUUCUGAAAAUAUCAUUCAAAAAAAUCAGUGUACUGUGCAAGAUAUUCAAAAUGACAAUCAAGAGAAAAUGUUGGUCUUACUUCAAUCUAUUUAUCAAUGGUCAAACACACCCUGAAACAUUUACGUCAAUAAGUCCCACAAUUCGGCUUCAAUUUAACUACGUGUGACUCGAAAAAACUUGACCAAUACGCCUAUUCAAAUAAUGUAAAUGGUUGAAAGGACCCUAAUUUACG